GAUUUGUGAAGAGGGAGAAAUACAAACACAAUGUUGGCUAGYAUUUUAAGCACUGUUGAAUCUCUUUACUGUAACUGCAAGUCUUUUGCAUAUCAGACUUUUUUUUUUAUCAGUUCCUGCAAAGCAGCUCAAACUCUAUCAGACUGGACAGAAAUCAGGUCUUGCCACGUGAUUUUCACUUGAAACUUAAAGUGGGAAAUUAAUCAGCAUUUAUAUAUAUAUAUAUAUACAUAUAUAUAUAAAUCCUUACAUUGUUCUGCAUCUACGUUUAUUGUCCAUGUUCUGUCACAAAGUGAAAACCAGACUCAAUGUCAAAUUUUUGGACUUUUUUUUACAAAGUUUCUUGCAAAUUUGCCCUCAGUUUAUCCAUCAUCCGUCUUCCCAUCAACUGUGCACAACUUUCCAUUUGCUGCUGAAGAAAUGGAAAGUUAAAGGUUGCUGUAUUUACAUUAGAAAAGCAUAAGAAAACAGCCCGUCUGACCAUAUGAGUAAAAAAAAUCUGGUCCUGGUUAUUCAGUUAAAUCUAAGAUGUGAUUAGGUAUGAUUGCUUUGUCACUUUAAUCUGAUCAUUUUAACAGAUAUUUGUACUGUUUUUCUUUUCCUAUUUCUGUUUGAACUGUUGUAGAGUGAUUAUUCAUAUUCUUCACCAGACUGCGAAGCAAAUUACCCCAACAGAGACAACAGUACAAUGAUGUUACGUUGCGUGUUGCUGAAACAUGCUGUGUGAAAGUUAAAAAUGUGUUUAAUCUUGCAUGAAAAACUAUUAUCUGCAACUGACGCCCAGCCAGGGCUAUUUAUGAUUUAUUUGUUGGGUGUUUUUUUUAUUUUUAUUUUUUUACAAAAACAGAUCAUAAAAUCAGCUGGAAAGACUAACAUACGUUGUGAAGCCGUUCUGAAGGUAACACUGUUCUUUCAAUAGAGAAAGUAUUGAUCCCUAAACGUAAAGUGUGACGUUACAGCAGCGUGAUUUACCGCUCCGAGCCGCUCGCGGUUCUUCGCAUCCUCAAGGUCUGUGCGGGUCAGUUGCCGUGGCGACCAAGGAUGACCCCGGACAUGUGACUUGGGUUGGCCGCGGCACCGCUGCUGUUUCUGCUCAACACACACACACACACACACACACACACACACACACACACACACACACACACACACACACACACACACACACACACACACACACACACACACACACACACACACACACACACUGACAAUGCGCGUGCUGGUGCGCGCGCGUGUCUAUGUGUUCCCCUCGCAGUUGGUCUUAUACUACAGCAGACACAGCGGAGCUCACCGACUUUACAGAAACAAACCGACACCAGGCAGCUUAGUUGGGCCGAGCAAGCAUGGAACUCUCUGCGACGGGAGAUCGCAUUUUUGCGGCGGAAGCCAUACUGAAACGCCGCGUCCGUAAGGGAAGACUUGAAUAUCUGGUGAAAUGGAAGGGAUGGGCAAUGAAGCACAGCACCUGGGAGCCAGAAGAGAAUAUCCUGGACGACAGGCUCAUUCUGGGUUUCGAACAAAAGGAACGGGAGAGGGAAAUCCACGGGCCCAAAAAACGUGGGCCGAAACCCAAAAACUUUGCGGCAAAGGGUCGCGGUCAGAAAGCAGAGCCCACCAGUCGCGCCUCCAGCAGCCGGCAGAGCAUGCCUCGGUCCUCCUCAACCACUUCCAGUCGAGCAUCUUCCUCUUCCUCAUCUUCCUCCUCCUCUGCUGCUCCUAAUGCUUUACCAUUCUCCUCCUCGUCAUCGGCACCAGCACCUUCCCCCAAACUCAACUCUCUCGCCGCCACCCAUAAGUUGAAGAAAGACAUUCACCGUUGCCACCGGAUGUCCAGGCGGCCCCUGCCUCGCACAGACCCCAGAGGGCCCGCCUUUUCCAGCUCGAGUGGCUUCCAGUCCCGCAUGCACGUCUCCCCUUUCUCCGAGACAGUCCGCAUCCUGAACCGCCGGGUCAAACCCAGAGAAGUCAAGAGAGGGCGGAUAAUCCUUAAYCUGAAGGUGAUCGACAARCCAGGYAGGGGCGGCGGCACGGCGGGGUCCAGGAAUGUGCAGACGGGUCGCCAAAACAUCCCGUCUCGCAAUCGCAUUAUCGGCAGGAAGGGGGAGGCCCCUUACAGACCUUUCCAGCCUCCUUUAAAGAUGCUGGGCUUCCCCAUGUAUGGGAAGCCUUUCGGGCUGCAGUGUGGCGGGCCCAUGUCCUUUCACUCCCAAACGGGGUCCAGCUCGACUACGGGACCCAGGGACAUCAACAGCAGCUCUUCACAGCGCCAGGCACGGCCUCCUUCCUCUUCUUCUUCCUCCACCUCCAGCAAAGUCACAGCUAAACGCCCUCAGCCUGCCGCAGAAGCCUCCAAGGAGUCAAAAUCCAGUAAAUCUCCAGAAACCCAAAAUGCCUCAUGUUCAGAAGCAAASAAAACCCCAGUCCCCCCCUCUCCGUCUCCAUCUUUGGAAGAUCAAGACGAAGAUGCCWUGGACUGCUCCRAAGCCGCCUCUGAGGGAGCCAGAAKUCCCUGCCAGCACAAAGGUCCCUCCACGGUUUCCUCUGUGGCUCCGGAACAGUCCUCGUCCCCCCUUGAACCCAAAAGGGUCCCCGCCGAGGGAGACCCCGACUGGCACCCGGAAAUGGCACCAAGCUGCAAGGACGUGGUGGUCACCGAUGUAACCACCAACCUCGUGACCGUCACCAUAAAAGARUUUCCCUCUCCGGCGUCAGGGCCUGCCUCGCCUUCUGCUAGCAUCGAAAACGCCUCCACGCCUCCUCCCGCCGCAGCGUCCGAGGACUCCUCCGUCCUGAAGCCAUAAGAGAUCCAAUAAUACAAACUGUGAUGCCAUUUGGGAUAGAAAACUAUAUAUAUAUAUAAAGUAUAUCAUGCCAGUGUUGCCACUUCAGCCCUGUUCUACCCACUCUACAGAGGGUUUGCCAUCAUUGGUUAGAUACUCAAUGAAAUUCAGGGUUUCCCCCAGAGAACUUGCUGAACCCAGUGGUCAGUGCUCUAGGGCAGUCCACCAGCGGCCCACCAUGUUUUUUURUUAACGAAGUUGACUGGAAACAAAUAUGCUCUCACAUCAGUCUCUCUGCUCCCUCAGCACAAACCUCUUACAGCAAGACUAAGCCUUUAUAGUUGCGCUUUUAGAGAGUUGCGUCGAGCGAGCCGAGCAAGCUUUGAGUCUUUUGCACUUAAUGUAUACUUUGGUGCGGUACUCACUGGAAAGACAGCCUUCAUAGAGGGAUCAUAUACAGGYGAAGCUGYUCUGCGAGAACACCUUCCAAAUAGACAAUUCUGAGGGAAAAUUAGCCGGUUACAAAAAUACAGAGGUGCACCACCAGAGUGUGCGAGGAUGAUUGGUCCACCAUCUCGGCCUUGCACCCAGUUCAGUGCUUUAAAGGGGCAGUUUUAUGUAAAAUCUACUUUUUUGAGCUUUACAUCAUGUUAUAAUAUUCCCUCAUCAAAAACAUACCUGGAUGUUGCCUUGAUUCUUUCAUGCACGUAUGAGAUAUCCCUUGAUCUCCAUGGUAACCAUUCAAUUGUUAAAAGGGCUGGGUGAACCUAGCUCUGCCUUCGAGACGCAACUCCUUUGAGCUGCAGUUUCCAAGCUUCUGUCUCUAUCACUCAGCUCCUUMAGACUAGCCAGUCAGCAGUUAGCAAACACCUGGUGUAACUGCACAUCUGCUGAGCUCUUUAUAGGAGCUACUUCUCAGUGUAACACUGGUAAAAAUGUUGUUAAAGGGUUAAUAGAGGAACAAUGUUGUAAUGGCUUCCUGAAGGAGUUUUUAAAGCGACAGAGGCCUAAUUUCAAGGUGCUAAAUUACAAAGUAAAAWUUUUUAAGUCAUAUUUGAUAUAUAUAAUUUCUUUKAACAAAUAGUUARCAUAGCUACUUGAUUGUGCUAUAAUAUGGCACUGUGAGCCUGGAAACACAUAAUACUGUCCCUUUAACUAUAAACUCAUCUUUGUUAUCAAUGCUAUUGGCGCGUUAAUAAAAAAACUCCUUUUAAGAUAAACGAGCAGCGCUUACCCUGGUGGUGGGGGCAAGUAAARCCUGGUGGCCCGCCAGGCUUAUAAUACACUGGGGGAAAACCCCAAAUAUAAUGUAACUAAAUAACACCCAGCCAUAAAAUAGUUCAAGAAAACAUAUUUUUUCACAAAAAAAAARRAAAAAAGAGGCAGCUUGUAUGACUUCUUGUCAUUUAGAUUGCCAUAUUACAUCCAUCUGGCGCCACACACAUGCUAGAAAACAGAAUUUGUUUUCUUUCACUUGAUACACACAUGCUGGGGAGAUGGGGGCUGCUUGUUUGUCGCAAAUACCAGUUGUCCUAACAGYGCGUCCCUCACCCAUCUGCUCUCAUCAAGCACAUUUGCUGGAAGUGAAAGGAGUUUGCCCAUUACCAACGUGGACUCUCCGUUCCCAUGUAGGUCGCCAUCGGCGACACGAGGGGGUGUUUGGUCAAGCUUUUGACCCCGCCCGACGUGAUCGGACGGGGGGUCAGCCAGCCAAUGUUUUAAUGAAGAGAUGUGUUUUUUGCACUUAGACUCUGAAGASUGCGUCAGUACAGCGAGGUGAAUGCAAUGCACUUGACUGCAUCGAAAAACACGUUCAGUGAAGUCGAUCYGCCUCUCAAGGCCUUUCUAUCCCCCCCUCUUCUGUUUUACACACAUGCGUACAAACGCAGAGUAGGAACGUGUUUAAAUGCAAAACCAACUUUUGAAUUUGUAAAAAUUCGUACUUCUUGCUUCAGUUUCUCCCAAACCUUCACAGCUUCCUUCUUCAGCUGCUUCAUUCGCUCCUAGCCUCUCAACCCACGAAGGUCUCGAAGGUCCAGAAGCAACCAGCUCAACAAACCAACCACUGUUUCUGAUUCUGUGAUUUUUAUGGCCCGAUGUUUCACAUCUGUGGAACAUUAGAGGUGGCCGUUAGGUUUUUCCACAUUUUCUGCCUUUAAGACCACAAACUUAAUGUGUUUGGAAUACACUAAAACAAAGUAUGACAUAAAUGUGAUGUGGGGGGUAAAAGAAGCAGGGUUUAGUACUCGCCCUCCCCUGAGUCAGCAUCUAUUUCUUUCAGGCUCAGCCUGAUUCUGCACAUUGUUUUGUAGGUUUUGUCUYGGAUUCUCUGUUGGGUAUUGUUUAAAACUUGUGCAUUUUCUUUCCUAAACUAUCCAGUUGUAGUUUUGGCUGAACAUUUGGGCUUGUUGUCCAUGUUUCCUAGCCAGUAGCUGGUUUUCCUUCAGAACCGCCCUGUAUUUAGCUUUACCCGUCUUCCCAUGUUUCAUAAUAGUAGCUGCGUUUCCAUUACAAAUAAUAUAUAUUACGACAUACAUGUGAUCAUAAUGAAUAGAUAAUGCAUCAUACAUAAUUUCACURAACUGAUCCAGAAUGGCACAGCAUUCUGGGUAAUGUAGGCAGAGCAAAGAUUUUAGCUGCUCAACAUUUCAAGGCCAGCUUAGCAAUUUUCGUGGCACCGACUAACUCACUCACUCUUUGGUUUCCUAGCAACAACCUUUGAGUAACUUUUCUCUGAGGAUGUAUCAAUAUGAAAAUUUGAGCCGAUAUCGACAUUCGAUAUUAGCAUUGCUGUUGUGGCCGAUGAACRACAUAUAUUGGUAUCAUAUAUAUUUCAUCAGUUUCGACACCUGGAGAAAAUCUYACAUGACCAAACAAAUACUGCAUGACCAAACUCCUCUCCCUCAACAAACGAGGAAAUAAGUAAUGGUUGUUAAUAUUGGACCGACACCGAAAUAAUGAAAAAUGAUUAAUAUCGGCCGAUACCGAUGCUCUUGCUGAUAUAUCUACCAUCAAUAAUUGUCUGAAUGAAGGAGAAAGUGUAGCUGGCUAUUUAACUUUAAAUAUUUAUUUAGGUAAUUAAGUGGAAAGAGUUUGAGCGUCAAACAUUCAUUUCACUCAAACUUAUUCAUUUCACUUCUUUGUGUUGCCACUUUUGUCCCAAAUGAACCAAAAUAUUUUUUAUUUUGAUGAACAAUUUUCCGUUCACAUGAUUCAAAGUGUUUCUCGCUCUCUUCUCGUUCUUUAAAGCAGAAGAACCUCUGACGGUGAUCAUAUUUUUGGACUUUCAGAUUCUUCUUCUCUGGUGCUUCCUGCUCUUCCCGGACCUUCCCAGUCCUCCACUCGGUUCUGUGUAUUAUAGCUUUUUCCGCAUGCGUUGCCUUAUAGCUGUGCUCCCACUCUUCUUGCUUGSCUCUUUGGACAGCUGUUAGAUAGUCACGACUUCAGCUUGGUGACUGUAAGGAUCUCAUUACUGUAAGAAGUUCACACUGUUUCUGAUGUGUUGUUUUUUAUUUUUAUUUUGAAGGCACAGACGUAGAGGUCGUUUGUUUGUAGAGGUAUSUUUGUUUUGUACCGUCAGUACACCGCUGUUGGAUUUAUUCCGUUAUACGAGAAGAAAUAAGUUAACUACCUUAACCACGAAUGAAGAUGUCUGUCUCCUUUAAUCUUUUAUUUAACUCCAAACAUGCUGUGAACUAAAAAAAAAAACAGCUUUUCUCUCUGCAUGGAGGGAUGAUUUUCAAAAUAUUUCUCAUGUUCUGUAUCUUUCUUCUCUUUUAGGUGGUGGUGAUACUAGCAGUUGGUAGAUGUUUAAGAUAUUAGUCUGGAAAGCGUUGCUUUUCUUCUCAUACGGGGGUAGCACAACUCAACUUAGUGGCCUGUUAUGUAACCAAAUAGGGCUCUAUAAUCUCCUUAAUUCGUUUUUUUUUUUUUUUUCCCCCUUUGAAAUUUUUUGUAAAUUCAUGUUGUAAUUUCCAAGUGCUGGAUCAGCAUGUAUAGGACAAACUGAAGGAUCCUCAUUUUAAUGUAUGAAUCAAAAAUACUCAAUUACGGAUUGUUUUUUAAGCUUUUUUUUUUCAUAUUUGUACUGUAUUUUAAUACGUGUUUGAAUAUGCAUAAUUMUUUUUAAUGUAAGGCUAUUUGUUUGAAUGAGCCAUUGUUAAUGGUCGUGGGUUUUUUUUUCAUGUGUUGAGACUGCAGGUUUUUUGUUUUUUUUGUGGUUUUAUGAUGAUUUGAAAUGAGUACAUUGUACCGAUGGUGACGAGAAGAAGGCGGAGGGCGAUAAUGACAUGAAAAAAUGUUUGUGCCGAAGCAUGUUUUUGCAACCUCUUGCUGUACAGAUAAUGUAUUCGGUGAACCUGUUACGUGUUGUUUUUGUGUUUCUUGUAAAAGGCCUUUGAUUAAAAGCGCUCUAAAAAUACUUCCAAGGUU